AUGCAGGCCAAUUCUGAUUCCGAUCGUAUAGAACGUUUUUUGAAGCGUUGUGUUGUAAAACGGGGUGAUGCUAUGACACAAAUGAAGACUUUGUACGAACUUGCGCUUACUGUGGAAUCAAAUCCCGACGUAGCUCCUAUAUUUUGUGCGCGAAAACGAGAUAUAGAAACACUCGUCACAGAAUUCAACGUUGAACACAACAGUGUUUUGGACAAUCUCCUCUUACUGUCACGCGAGGACGAAUUUACUGAUUCUCAUCUGUCGUUCAAAACAAAAUUCAUGGAACAAUACUACUAUAUCAUUGCGUUAGGUACGAGACUACAAUUAGAUCCGCGACCCCCAGUUAUGGAACCACCGAAAAGCAAUGUUAAGCAUCUUACACUACCAACAAUUAAAUUGCCCAUGUUUGACGGCGAUCUUUUAAAGUGGCGUACAUAUCGGGACACAUUUACAUCGUUAGUUCAUAACAAUCCGGAUGUGUCAAAAAUUGAGAAAUUCCACCAUUUACUAUCGUCCACUACGGGCACUGCUGGUGGUGUGCUGCGUUCGCUGUCAUUAACAGAAGACAAUUAUGACAUUGUGUGGGACAAUCUGCACACUAUAUACGACAAUAAACGCGUACUUGUGACCGCACACUUAGAUGCAAUUUUUCAUUUUGCGCCACUAGUCAAAGAGUCGUUGUCAAGUUUGAAGUCUUUCCUGUCCACCUUUCAAGAAAACGUCGCGGCAAUUAAGGCACUUGACGUUGAAGACCUGGAAGGAUUGUUACUAUUCUACAUCGCAUCAAGAGCAUUAGAUCCAUGUACUCGGCGACUGUUUGAGUCCGAAUACCACUAUGUCGAUACUCCAACACUCAAUUUAUUGUUAGAGUUCGUUCAAAUUCGAUGUCAGGUACUUCAGAAUAUUAACGCCCAUCCCAUAAAACCAUCACCAUAUAAGAGUGGAACCUCAAAAUCAUUAUUAUUCGCUUCUUCCAGUACAGGCGCAAAAUUGUGCAAGCUUUGUCAAGAUACUCAUUUACUGCAUCAAUGUUCGAAGUUUGCUCAGUACAGUGUUCAACAACGGUUUGACUUCGCCAAAAGUAAGCGACUGUGUAUGAAUUGUCUCAGUCCCACACAUAAAACUUCUGAAUGCUCGUCCAAACACUCUUGCCGUGAUUGUUCUGGAAAACAUCAUUCAUUACUUCACCUCAAUCAGCGUCCCAAGAAGACAUCGGCAUUGACAUCUACCUCUGUUGCUCCCGAACCAGCGUCUACAGUUAUCACAGCACCGGGGACGUCAACUUCUAUAGGGGUUGAAAGACCGUUUGUCGGAACAUUCCAAUCAAGUGGAAAUGUUAUUCUUGGAACAGCCAUAAUCCAUGUCUGCAACAACAUCGGUGAGUGGACUCCAGUUCGUGCGUUGCUCGAUACCGGGUCUCAGAUCUCCGUCAUCACUCAUGCGUGUGCGUCUCGAUUGGGCCUAAGACGUCGACAUUGUAGUACCUCAGUCAUGGGGUUAUCACAAGCACAUGUACCAGCUACAAAGGGAUCUACUCAUCUGACGUUCAAACCCAGACACGCAAAUAAUCCACAAAUAUCGUGCGACCCAUUAAUUCUAUCAAAAAUAACGGGUCCGAUGCCCGCAUCUCAGUUAAGUCGAGAUAUUCGAGACACAUAUAACCAUGUUGAGCUGGCAGACCCUGAAUUUGAUAAUCCAGCACCAAUUGAGUUUUUACUCGGCGCAGAUGUCUACGCCAAUAUUUUAGGUGAUUGUGUGAGAGUACUACAUGCCCACGGAUUCCCUUCGGCGUUUGAAACCAGUCUUGGAUGGGUAAUAAUCGGACACACAACUGCCCCGGAUCCGUCUCCAUGCGUGUCACUACUAUUAUCUACUCAACCGUCACUCGAUCACUUAAUGCAUCAGUUUUGGUCGAUAGAAGAGCCAUCACCACCUGUUCAGCCUUUCACAGACGACCAAAAAUGUGAAGUGCUCUUCACCCAGACAACGAGCAGGGAUGACCAAGGUCGAUUCUCGUUAGCGUUACCUUUCAAAAGUAGUCCAUCCAUCCUCGGCGACUCGUACAAAAUGGCGACCUCUCGUUUCUAUAAUUUGGAGCACAAAUUACAACGAGACCCAGACUUGUAUGCCCAGUAUCGCGAUUUUAUGAAAGAGUAUGAAGCCUUGGGCCAUAUGGUCAUUUCAAAACAGCCAGGGAAAUAUUACAUUCCACACCAUGCAGUGGUAAAGCGCAACGGUAUAAACACUAAACUGCGCGUGGUGUUCGACGCAUCUGCUGCAUCCACGUCAAAUUAUUCUCUCAACGACCUACUAUAUACUGGUCCUAAACUCCAAAAUGACAUUGCGCAGAUACUCCACCGGUGUCGGUUGAAGCGCUACAUGGUCACGGCAGACAUCUGCAAGAUGUACCGCCAGAUUCGAAUACACCUUGAUGACCGCACUUACCAGCACAUUGUAUGGCGAAAUUGUCCAUCAGACGAACUCCAAGACUACGAAUUGACCACAGUUACCUACGGAGUAUCCGCUUCACCUUAUCAGGCUAUUCGAGUCCUCCACCAAUUGGAACGUGAAGACGGCCACAAAUUCCCAUCAGCUCAAAAUAUAUUGUCAACACAAACAUAUGUCGACGACAUUGUGUCAGGCGAUGACACGAUUUCUGCGCUACUGCAACGGCAAGCGGACCUCGUCCAACUCUUGAUGCAAGCAGGAUUCGAGUUGAAGAAAUGGUCGUCAAAUAGUCGUGAAAUCCUACGCCAGAUUCCACAAGGAGACCACGCGGUUCAAUCGUCGUUUGAUCCCAAAGACGAUAUGUCCAUAAAAAUAUUGGGACUCCAUUGGGAUCCAGUAACCGAUACAUUUAGUUACCAUACGUCAUCAAUGCCAGUAACUAUGACAAAGCGGGUGGUUUUGUCCACCAUAGCAAAAUUGUACGACCCGGUGGGUGCUCUAGCCCCAAUCAUCUUUUGGGCAAAGUCCUUUAUGCAAACCAUUUGGCAGUCUGGUUUAAAUUGGGAUGAUCCGCUGCCCCCGUCGUUGAUGACGUCUUGGGGAAAAUUUGCAUCUGAGCUACAUCUUGUUCGUGAAAUUAAGCUACCUCGACACAUAGCGGUUUCGCCUAACUGUGUGACGCAGUUGCUCGGAUUCUGUGAUGCAUCUGAGAGAGGAUACGCAGCAGUGGUGUAUCUUCGCACGAUUGAUGUCAACGGCCAGAUAAAGCUAUACUUUAUCACAUCAAAAUCCAAGGUAGCACCACUUAAACUGGGGAAGCUUGAUCACUCACUGACAAUACCACGUCUCGAGCUAUGCGGUGCUCUCCUGUUAGCUCAGACGAUACAGCGGCUCUGUGAAACGUUUGAAAAUUAUAUUUCUAUUUCAGCGGUUUACACUUGGACUGAUUCCCAAGUAGUUUUGUCUUGGUUGACGUCAACUCCAUCACAAUUCAAGAUUUUCGUGACGAACCGCCUAGCCAAAAUAAGUUCGUUGAUGCCUCCAUGUCGCUGGCGAUACAUACCAUCCGCACUGAAUCCUGCCGAUUGUGUAUCUCGGGGACUCUUUCCGUCGGAAACCGUCAAUCAUUCCCUCUACUGGCACGGUCCUCCUUUCGUUUGUCUAGUCGAAUCGGAAUGGCCAACUGAAACUUAUGAGUUAAUACCUCCAGCAGGAUUACCAGACUAUAAACCAUUAGAUGCAGUGAUAUGCAAUGUGACGUCACUUCAAUCCCCUGCAUGGUACCUUCGCUUUUCGUCACUGACACGGAUGCAACGCGUCACUGCGUACGUUCAACGGUUUAUAACAAUAAUCAAGCAUCUACCCACUUCAGUUGGCCCACUACAACGCUCAGAGUUAGAGCAGGCUCUGGUCCCAAUAAUUAUCGACACUCAACGUACAUGCCUCGCUGCUUUAGUAUCACAAUUGAAUGUUGACGAUCCAAAAAUUUCCCCACGUUCAAUGGCACAAUUGGCACCAUUCAUCGAUCAAACAGGUAUCAUUCGUGUGGGAGGGCGACUUACACACGCUCGCUCCAGAAUGGUUGCCCAAUGCCCGAUUCUAUUACCAAAAGUGUCACAUUUUACAACGUUGGUCAUACGGCAUUACCAUCUCACAUAUCUGCACGCCGGUCCACAACUAAUCGCAUCACUAUUAGCACGUACCUAUUGGGUGAUAUCGGGAAGAUCAGCCAUCAGACAACUAGUGUUCAAAUGUACAGUGUGUGCACGUCAUAAACCACGAAUUCCGCAACCAUUCAUGGCGGACUUGCCUCCACAACGAGUUCGUCAAUCACGUCCAUUUUCCCACGUCGGCGUCGACUUUGCAGGACCGCUGUUAAUCAAGGAUGGACGCCGGAGAAAUUCACCCUCUGCAAAAUGCUACUUAGCGGUCUUCAUCUGUAUGUCCAUCAAGGCCAUCCACGUAGAAGUCGUGUCAGAUUUAUCUACCAACUCUUUUAUUGCCUCCUUACAUCGAUUUGUGUCUCGACGAGGGGUACCGUCUGAUAUAUACUCAGAUUGCGGGACUAACUUCAUUGGAGCGGACAAGGAGCUACGGAAACUCUUCAGGACGUCGGCAGCUCAACAUUCCGUCAGUGAUGCCAUUCCGUGCCGCUGGCAUUUCAAUCCCCCGGCCGCACCCCAUUUCGGUGGGUUAUGGGAGGCGGCCGUCAAAUCCGUCAAGUUUCAUCUUAAAAGAGUAGUUGGCACCCAAAUCUUAACCUUCGAAGAAUUAACAACCUUAGCAAGUAGGAUUGAAGCUGUGUUGAACUCUCGUCCGUUAACUGCCAUGUCGUCUGAUCCACACGAUUUACGAGCACUGACACCCGGAGACUUCCUCAUCGGUCAGCCAUUAACCGCCAUUCCUGAACCCGACCAAACUCAUAUCGCCCAGAAUCGGAUGAAUCGUUGGGAACUUCUCCGACAAAUAUACCAAUCCUUUUGGACACGGUGGGCCUCCGAGUAUUUGACAACCCUACAGGGCCGUUCCAAGUGGGUUCAGCACCAACCUAACGUAAAGGUCGGAGACCUUGUAUUAGUACAAACACCAAAUCAGCCCCCAUUGUUCUGGAAACUUGGUCGAAUCGAAAACACGCAUCCCGGACAGGACGGUGUCGUUCGUGUGGCAACAGUUCGAACAAGUGAUGGUAGUAUGAAACGUCCAGUAGUAAAGCUGGCAGUGCUGCCUAUGGAAGAAUCUUCAACAUCUUCAACAUAA